AUGGCCAUGAUCAAAGAUCUCGUGGCCAAAAUGCGAGGCACAACUUCUCGGGAGCAGAGCCAUGAGCGCUCUGGCAAAAGCAAGUCCAGAAGCCGAAGCAGGGUCAAGCAAGGUUGGGGGCCCUCGGGGUGGGGCUGGUAUUGGAAGGAAGAAGAUGUAUGGGAGGAUGAGGAGUGGCACAAAGGCUGGGCAUGGAAAUACAGGCCCUCUUUCUCUGGCUGGUCCAAUUUGCACAAAAGUGGUCAGGCAGGCACGCGAUACGAGAGAAGAAGCCAGGCGGCCAGAGAGCGGCGGGCCCAGCGCGGUUAUCAUCGCCGCCAGACAGGCUGGGAGGAAGCAGAAACCGCAACUGCGCUGGCAGAACCUGCAGAGAGUGAGAAGGAUGCAAAAGAAGAAGCUGCCAAACCAGAGCCGGCGUUGGCAGAACCUGAUCCACCUGAGAAGGAUGCAAAAGAAGAACCUGCCAAGCCGGCAUUGGCAGAGCCUGCAGUGAGUGAGAAGGAUGCAAAAGAAGAGGCUGCCGCAAAUGCAAAGGAAGGAAAAAAGGAAUAUUUGGAAAAAGACCAGGUGCCUGAAAGCAGGGCAGACGACUUGGAUCAACCUGACUAUAGCCCUGAUGGGGAACCUGCAGCGGGACUUUCCGCACAACUGCCAGUCAAGGUUGAGAAAGUAGAGGACCUGUCCACCUUGGCAGAGCCAGUCGUCGGGCCAGCCAAGGAGGAAACAACAGAAGGAGAUGCAGCCAUGGCAACGCCGCCUGCCAAGCCUGAGGGAGAAGAACAAGCGGAUGCCCCCGCUCCACAAGUAGAAGCGGAACAAGAAGCAGAAGGUAGUGGGCAGCCCAGCGCUAGUGGUGUGGAAGCGGAAGCACCGCCAGGAAGCAUGGUCGCCCACAAGGUGCAUAAUCUCGAUGUCCUUGGAGUCCGCAUCGGGGUCAUCAGCCCUGAUGCACACAUUGCGUUGCAAGAGCUAGCGGAAGCCGCACAAGCAGUUCCAGGCAAAGUUGCUCCGAAGGAUAUUGAAACCGCAAGCCAGGCCACCCCAGCAAAACCGAAGCCUGCAGCAGGAGAUCCAGCGGCUGUUCCGCCACAACCAACAAAAGGCACUGGGCUGGAAGAUGUCGGAGAAAGAACUGCAACAAAAGAACCCCUGGAGACACUAGAGGACUUUCCAGCACCGCCUGACAAGAAAGCGGAAACCCCGCAUCAAGAAGAGAAGGCUAUGACAAUGGAGAAAUUAGAUGGAGAUGCAAAAGAGACAAAAGAAGCGGAAAACCCGCAUCCAGAAAAGAAGGCCGAGACAGCGCAAACAUUAGAUGGAGAUACAAAAGAGACAAAAGAAGCGGAAACCCCGCAUCAAGAAGAGAAGGCCAAUAAAGCAGAGAAAUUAGAUGGAGACGCAAAAAAGGAACCAGAGGCCAAGGCCGAUCCAGAGGUGUUGAAUGCCAUGCCCAAGUCUGAGUCUCGCAAAACAGAUUUGGAGAAGGAAAAAAAGUUGGCCAACCCCAAGACCAAGUCUGACAAGGCACUUUUGGAGCAGGAAGCAGCUAAACAAAGAUUGACCAAGAAGCCACAACGAGUGAAGCCGAAGAUGUGGAAGAAUGCGUUCGAGCAUGCUGAGGAGGUCAGGGUGAAGGGCGGCAAUGGUCAAAUCAUAUCUGCUGAUGAGAGCAGCCAAGGCACCAUCAUUGGCCAAGCUGUCCAAAAGGCUCUUUGA